UUUGAAGAAGUAUUUAUGAAAGUCUUACAAACUGAUUCAAUUAAAUUUUAUAAUCUAAAUUUUUUACAGGUUUUUCAACUAUUGAAUGUUAAUGCAUAUGAUCUCAGUGUUGAUAUGCUUGAUGUUCAUGCUGAUAGAAAUACGUUUCACAGAUUCGAUAAGUUUAAUGCUAAAUAUAAUCCAAUUGGUGAAAGUCGUCUAAGAGAGAUGUUUCUCAAAACAGACAACUAUAUUCAAGGAAGUUUUUUUGCUUAUGUCUUAAAGGAAGUUAUGAGUGAUCUGGAGGAAAGUAAAUACCAAAAUGCAGAAUUGCGUCUUUCUGUCUAUGGUAGAAGAAAGGAUGAAUGGGAUAAUCUUGCCAAAUGGGCAGUAACAUACAAUGUUUAUUCAGAUAAUGUUAGAUGGCGUUUCUUUUGGAGACAAAUCAUAACAUUUUUCCUUGCCAUAAAUUUAUCACUUAGGAAAAUAGAAGUUAUGAGUGAUCUGGAGGAAAGUAAAUACCAAAAUGCAGAAUUGCGUCUUUCUGUCUAUGGUAGAAGAAAGGAUGAAUGGGAUAAUCUUGCCAAAUGGGCAGUAACAUACAAUGUUUAUUCAGAUAAUGAAGUUAUGAGUGAUCUGGAGGAAAGUAAAUACCAAAAUGCAGAAUUGCGUCUUUCUGUCUAUGGUAGAAGAAAGGAUGAAUGGGAUAAUCUUGCCAAAUGGGCAGUAACAUACAAUGUUUAUUCAGAUAAUGUUAGAUGGCUUAUUCAAGUUCCCAGAUUAUA